AUGCCGCCAUCGCGUCCGUAUAAACGACUAGUGGGCAAGGAGGCCAAGACGCAUGAGAUCAAGAAGGCGUUGACCCACCGGGCCCGGAUAAGGAAGAACUACUUUAAGCUUUUGGAAAAGGAAGGCUACCAGCCCCCAGAAAAGCCGAAGUCAAGGCAUGAGGCUGAUGAGGCUAAAGAUGAGGCUAAGGAAGAGGCUGAUAAGGCUAAUGAAGAUGCCAGCGAUAGCCAAGAAGACGCUGCUACUGACAAGCGUCAAUCCGAGUCGCUGAAACCCAAGGAGGCGCCUAAACCGAUGACGUAUAAUGACCGGCGAGAGUUGAUCAAACAACGCAAGAACGAGAAGCGGUUACGCCAGCUUGAGCGGGUACGUGAACAAAAGCAGGCACUCGAGUCCCAGGAAAAGCUCAGACAACGCCACCGGGCCCGUAUCGACAAGCGGACCCGUAAAGGCCAGCCGAUGAUGGGCCCUCGUAUUAACAAUUUACUCGACAAGAUCAAGAAGGAGACUAAAUAG